AUGGCGGCGGAGGCGCGGCCGCUGCGGCUGUUGGCGCUGCACGGGUACCGGCAGAGCGCCCGCCGCCUCCGCCAGCGCACCGGCGCGCUCCGCAAGGCACUGCGCGGCCGCGCAGAGCUGCUUCCCAUCGACGCUCCGCACCCCGUGUCCUCCGCCGCCGCCCAGGACGACCCCGACGGGGACGACCCGCCCCGCGGCUGGUGGUUCUCGGGGCCCGGCACGUUCGAGGCGGGCGAGGCGGCGGCGGCGCCGGAGGGGCUGGAGGAGUCUCUGUCGGCCGUGGCGGCGGCGCUGGCGGAGCAGGGACCGUUCGACGGGCUGCUGGGGUUCAGCCAGGGCGCGGCGCUGGCCGCCAUGGUGUGCGCGCUGCGGGCCCGCGGCGACCCGCGCUUCCCCGUGGCCUUCGCCGUGCUGGUGGCCGGGUUCGCCAGCCGCGCCCCGGCGCACGGGCACUUCUACCGCGACCCCAUCGCCCUGCCCACGCUGCACGUCGUGGGGGACACGGACGCCGUGAUCGCGGCCCCGCUCAGCAUGGAGCUGGCCCGAUGCUUCGUGGAACCGGUGGUGCUCACCCACCCCGGCGGACACUUCAUCCCCGUGGCUGCAGCGCAGAAGAAAGCCUACCUGGAAUUCUUGGAAGGCUUCCGACCCGGGCAGGGGCAGGCCAAGCCCUCAGGCACUGGGGAGGUUUCAGAACGGUCUGUGUAAUGAAGGGGGCUCUGGUGAGCCAUGUGUGGACA